CUUCUUUAACUCAUUUUCAGAUCCAUUCAUGAAGAAAUUGAAAGAAACAUCACUUCUCACGCUAAGAAACGAAGCCGAUUAAUGGCUCAAACCAUGUUGCUAAUGUCUAGUGUUCCCAGUACCCCUUUCCUCCAACUCCGGCACCAAAGUUUAAAGCCUAAACCCUUCUCCCAUCUCCUCUUUAAUCCACUUUCUAAACCCACUUCCCUUGCUUCAUCUCAAGCAAUUAGAUUCACCACUUUGGCCGUCUUCAAAUCAAAGACCAAAGCUGCACCCAAGAAGGUUGAGAAGCCAACGCCAAAGGUUGAAGAUGGUAUCUUUGGCACCUCAGGAGGCAUUGGUUUCACUAAACAAAACGAGCUAUUUGUGGGUCGUGUUGCCAUGAUUGGCUUUGCCGCAUCUUUGUUGGGUGAAGCAAUAACAGGGAAAGGAAUUCUGCAGCAAUUGAAUUUGGAGACUGGAAUCCCAAUUAAUGAAGCCGAGCCCCUUCUCCUUUUCUUCAUUCUGUUCACCCUUCUCGGAGCAAUAGGAGCUUUGGGUGAUCGUGGUCGCUUCGUCGAUGACCCUCCGACGGGGAUUGAAGGGGCGGUUAUCCCUCCAGGCAAAGGCUUGAGGUCAGCCCUGGGUCUCAAAGAAGGAGGUCCCCUGUUUGGAUUCACAAAGGCAAACGAGCUGUUCGUUGGGAGACUGGCUCAGUUGGGAAUUGCCUUCUCUUUGAUAGGAGAAAUCAUAACAGGGAAAGGAGCUCUGGCGCAACUAAACAUCGAGACUGGAAUCCCCAUCAAUGAAAUUGAACCCCUCGUGCUGUUUAACGUUGCCUUCUUCUUCAUUGCAGCUCUGAAUCCUGGGAAUGGUAAAUUUGUCACAGAUGAAGAUGAGGAAGACUAGCUGCUAGCUGAUCCGCAUCUUGCUUCUUUGUUUUGCCUUCCUCUCUCUUUUCUUUGAGAUUGCAGGCAACCUUGUUGUGUGUAAUGUGGAAGCAGUGAAAUACAUUAUGUAUGCUUAACCUUAUACUAUAUCAGUAGUUCAAAGCCCCUUUCGGGUCUUUCCAUGCUAUUCACAAGCAGGGUGUGAUUAAAAAGAGCUCGUUGUU